AUGAAAGUCAAUGAGAAUGGUUUGUUUGUUGAGAGACGACUCCCUCAAUUGCAAUUCUAUUGUCAUACAGAUCCUAGUGCCUUUGGAUUCAUUGACCCAGACCUUAUUCUUCAAGGUGCUCAUCUAAUCCUGCAAUUCUCUAAGGGUACCAUCCAGACACUCUUGCCUCCAUCCCUUGCUUGCCAACCCAAAGAUAAGAAUGAAGAUUACAAAUUUUACUUUGUAAACGUGUAA